AUGAGUAGCCGAAGAAAGAGGGCCCCUCCUGUGAGGGUGGACGAAGAAGACAAGAAGAGGUUGAACUGGAACAUGCUGGAUGACCGCAAGAACGAGGUUAUCCAGGGAGACGACCAGAUACCAACCUGCUCCAUUCUUCCCGUCGACCCUACUCCCAGCGGCUCCUUUCUCUCGGCCACCGAGGACGUUACCGAGGCUGCCUGUACCAGCUCUGUCCGGUUUACAGAGGAACUUCCUGGUACGUCGUCAGACAGCAGCGCUUCCUCCGCCUCCCUGGCCCUCACUGUGGAGCCAGCUUUGAAGCUGGGCCACAUCUGGAAGGCGCUCAUUGGGGAGUUCACCGUGCGGCCAGCUUGGAUCCCAUCUGACUCUGAACAGAGAGCUUUCAUCCUCCACAGGAUGGGCGAUCAGCUCUGCCUCAGUUACAGCAGCUGUGAUGAGAGCUCGGGACAGCAGUGGAAGCCCGAUGGGGACACUUGCACUGUGGAGUGCAGCCUCACUGUGAUCCCGCUGGAGGACCUCGACUGGAUGCAGAAGAGGAGGGUGGUGCAGCUCUGCCACCAGGAGAAAGAGGGGUCAGUCAAGGUGGGGAUUUACUUGCUGGAAGCUGGGCUCGGGAAGCCUGAAUUUCUCAGCGAAGGAAAUGCUCGGCUAAAGAAAGCAAAUCAACUAAUGCAGAAGCUGAUGGAGUAUUAUUACGAUUUCAUUAUCCCUGAAGUUGUAGACAAUGAGGAGGAGGAAUGUGACACCGACCUGGAGAGGCAAAAUGUUGAGGAGCUCUACGAUUACGUCAGGCAUCUGCACCAGAGAGAGAGCCGGGAGGUGACCUACGACGUCCAGCACAAAGCUCUUGUUCCUGUUCUCAGACCCUAUCAGAGACAGGCCGUCAACUGGAUGCUGAGGAGAGAGAAAACCAGGAACACUUCACCUAAAGAACAAUUGCUGCAUUUCCUCUGGCGUGAGUUGAUCGCUUUGUGUGGCAAGAAGUUGUUCUACAACCCUUUUACCGGCUGCUUAAUCCGAGAAUUUCCCCUGGCGGGUGUAGAGUGGCCUGGUGGGAUAUUGGCUGAUGAAAUGGGGCUGGGAAAGACGGUGGAAGUUCUGGCUCUUAUCCUAUUUCACACUCGACAGGACCUGGAGCAGGAGGCCCUUAGCCUGCCUGUGGGAAAAUCCGUAAAUUACUUCGUACCUCCUCCUCCCCUUGAAAGAAAGAAAGUUAUCCGCUGCAAGUCUGAAGUUCAGCCUAAAAUUAAAAUAUCCUACCCAACUGUGCGUAUCAUGCUCCUCACUGCAAUCAAGGAGAUGAGAUCUGGCAAAGGAGCCUCCGUCAACGCCAUCUUCACCUACAUUCGUGCCACCUACGGUUAUGACCUCUUAAAAAACCGCAACCACAUCCGGAAGACUCUGGUGAAGCUGAUAGACGAAGGCCUGGUUGACCGGGUGAAAGGUCGAGGCUUGGCGGGGUCAUUUAAGCUGGGGAAGAACUACAAAGAAACAAAGAAGAUGUUAGCAGGAGCAUCCAAGUUUAAUUCCAAAAACACAGAGAGCACACCAAGGAGGAUGUUUCAGAGACGAGCAAAAGAAAAGGCAGAAGCAGCUCUGCAAAACUCCCUUACAGAAGAUCAAAUAGAUCUGUACUCACCUACAUCUGACUGUCUAGCACCAGAGGAAACAGAAACCAAGGAAUGGGAUGAAAGUCUGAAUGCGAAAGCGGAUCAGUCAGACGACAUGCAGGAUACAUCCACAACAUCCUCACAGGUGUCUCAGGAUAAAUGUGAGUCAGACACACAGGACAUGCCCAGAAUGGAUGAUCCUCCUGAAGAAAGGAGAGAAGCUGCUCAGCUUGAUUCACACGAGGAGACAGAAACCCCCACCAGGGCGUCUGUUUUCCCUUUCAACACCCCAGACUACCGCUUUGAGUGUAUCUGUGGUGAACUGGGCAUCAUUGACUACAAGGCUCGCGUGCAGUGUAUGAACUGCCAGCUGUGGCAGCACGCAGACUGUGUAAACUAUAAAGAAGAAAGCCUCGAAACUACACCUUUCUACUGCCCUCACUGCCUGGUCGCCAUGAAGCCUGUCUCCACCGGUGCCACCCUCAUCAUCUCGCCGAGCUCCAUCUGCCACCAGUGGGUGGAGGAGAUCAACCGGCACAUCAGGUCCUCCUCGCUGCGAGUGCUGGUUUAUCAGGGUGUGAAGAAGCACGGAUUCAUCCAGCCACAUAUGCUGGCUGAGCAGGAUGUGGUCAUCACCACCUACGAUGUGCUGCGGUCAGAGCUCAACUACGUCGACAUUCCCCACAGUAACAGCAAGGAUGGACGCCGCUUCCGCAACCAGAAGCGCUACAUGGCCAUACCCAGUCCUCUGGUGGCUGUGGAGUGGUGGCGAAUCUGUCUGGACGAGGCUCAGAUGGUUGAAUGUCCCACUGCGAAGGCUGCAGAGAUGGCUCUACGUCUCGCAUCCGUCAACCGCUGGUGUGUCAGUGGCACUCCUGUCCAGAGAGGCUUAGAAGAUUUGUAUGGCCUUGUACUUUUCCUGGGAGUUGACCCAUACUGGGUUAAACACUGGUGGGAGCAACUGCUUUAUCGCCCUUAUCGACGUGGAAACACAGAGCCCCUGUACUAUGUAAUCGCUCAGGUAUUGUGGCGAUCAGCUAAAAAAGACGUCAUUGAUCAGAUCCAAAUUCCCCCUCAGACAGAGGAGGUGCACUGGCUUCACUUCUCCCCCGUCGAGGGACAUUUUUACCACCGUCAACACGAGGUCUGCUCCCAGGACGCUCUGGUCAAACUCAGGAAGAUCUCUGACUGGAGCCUGAAACUUGGCAGCCUCGACCGCCGCACAGUCCACACCAUCCUGUGCCCUCUGCUGAGGCUGCGCCAGGCCUGCUGCCAUCCACAGGCUGUGAGGGGGGAGUUCCUGCCUCUGCAGAAAAGCACCAUGACGAUGGAGGAGCUCCUGAAGUCCCUGCAGAAGAAAUGUCGAGUGGAGUGUGAAGAAGCUCACAGACAAUUGGUGUGCGCACUCAAUGGCCUGGCUGGAAUCCACAUCAUCAGAAAUGAGUUUGUAGAGGCAGUAGAGAUGUAUAGAGAAGUGCUUCGUUCAUCAGAGGAGCACAAAGGCAGACUGAAAACAGAUUCAUUACAGAGGCUUCAUGCUACCCACAAUUUAAUGGAACUGCUGAGCGCAAAGCAUCCUGGGAUACCUCCUACGCUGAGAGACGACCGACUAAGUGAGGAGGCGGAGCAGCUACGGCAGCACUACAUGACCAAAUACGACUCCGAGGUAGCAGACGCCCAUCAGGGUCUACAGCCGGUACUGCAGAACAUUAAAGAGCUGAAACGCAAAGUCAAGCUGAAUUCUCCCUGGUGGCUCGAUGUUAUCCAGAAGGCGAUCCGCUGCGCCAACGACGACGAUUUGGUGUCCCGCGUCAAGAAUGAGCUGACGUCCAGCUACAAACAACAAGGCCACAAGCUCUCUAUGGCAGACAAGUUCCGUGAUGCUUGUGGUCUGCAGUUCCUGCUCACAUCACAAAUGCAAGAUCUGAUGAAAUCCCAGAAGACUGUGCAAGAUGCGGUGAAGAGUCUUGAAGGCCCGGCCUCAAAGAAAGUGAUUGAUGAGGUCACCAUUUGUCACCUCAGGCCCAUGAGACUGCCACUCAAUAAUUGUGUUUUUUGCAAAGCAGAUGAACUUUUCACGGAUUACGAGUCCAAGCUGUUUUCUCACACGGUGAAGGGUCAGACAGCUAUCUUCGAAGAAAUGAUCGAAGAUGAGGAUGGGCUGGUGGACGACCGUCUCCCCACCACCAGCCGAGGCCUGUGGGCAGCCAGUGAGACUGAGCGCACUCUGAAAGCCAUCCUGUCCUUCGCCAAAGUGAAACGCAUGGACCCGGAGCUGGUGGAGGAGGGCAACACUUUCAUGGAGCUGUUUGAGAACUGGAAGAAAGAGUACAAGGUACUGCAUGAGUACUGGAUGGUGCUGAGGAAUCACGUGUCAGCCAUCGAUGAGCUGGGUAUGGCCACCGAGAGGCUACGCGUGCGUCUGCCUGAUGAACCAAAGCCCAAACUGCUGCACAUCAUCGAGCCACAUGAGGUGGAGCAGAACAGAGUGAAGCUUUUGAACGACCAAGCAGUGGCCAAGUCUCAACUUCAAAAGAAACUCGGCCAGUAUCUGUAUCUCACAAAUCUGGAGAAGUCCCAGGACAAGUCUACUGGAGGGCUGAACCCAGAGCCGUGUCCAAUCUGUGCCCGGCCCCUGGGACAGGAGUGGGCAGUGCUGACCUGUGGCCACUGCUUCUGUAACGAGUGCAUUGCUAUCAUCGUGGAGCAGUACAGUGUGGGCUCAAGGCGGCGAGCCAUCAAGUGUGCUAUUUGUAGGCAGACCACAUCCCACACUGAGAUCUCCUACGUGUUCACCACCCAGUCGUCCAGCCAGGACCAGGACAUACCGGUCAAGGGAAGCCACUCUACCAAAGUGGAGGCAGUAGUGAGAACACUAAAGAAGAUUCAAGUGACCGACCCCGGGGCCAAGUGUCUUGUUUUCUCCACGUGGCUGAGUGUCUUGGACAUUAUUGCCAAGGCCUUGUUUGACAACAACAUGGAGUUCUCUCAAAUCAAUGGGAUUCACAAAUUCCAGGAGAAUCUGUGCUCCUUUAAAUACGAAGAAAAGAUCAACAUCCUCCUCCUUCCUCUCCACACCGGCUCCAAUGGACUGAACAUCAUCGAAGCGACUCACGUGUUGCUGGUAGAGCCGAUCCUCAACCCUGCUCACGAGCUCCAGGCCAUAGGCAGAGUGCACCGGAUCGGCCAAACCAAGCCAACAUUUGUUCACAGAUUCUUAAUCAAAUCUACUAUUGAAGAGAGAAUGCAGGCAAUGCUAAAGACAGCAGAGAAAAGUCACACCAGCACGGCCAUGAAGCACUCGGAGGCCGCCGUACUGACAGUAGCCGACCUGGCUGAUCUAUUCACUGAAGACACAGAACAUCUGGAGUGAAUGUGAACACCUGGAUACACAAAGUGCAGAAGCUGCACAGGCAAAUGGAGCUCACUCUUUUCACAGUGGUGAUAGAAGAACUGAUUUUGCACAUUCAACUUUUUAUAUAAAGAAAACAAGUUAUCAAAUUCAUUUCCAAACAGAUAUUUUAGCAGGUCACUGACAACAGACUAUACCUUGUUUCUUAAUUGUAUUUAAUUUAAGAUUUUUAAUCUCUUUGAAUUUUUGUCUAUUUGGCUCACUUGUUGUCAUAGUUGUAACAACAACUACUUCAGCUGUUCAAGUACAUGUUUGAUGAUCACAUUGAACCAGACUGUACGGUAUUGUUGCUUGUGUUAAUCUGAUAUUACGUAUAUGCAUUUAUAUAUAUGAAUUUUACUGUAACUUCACAGUUGAAAACGGAGGAAUACAGAUGCUGUAAUCACACUAGUGAUUGAAGUAUUCUCACAAUUUUCAGGAAAUAAAAGUCUGUCAAUGACAGGGUUAUCACCA